GCCCCCUCCCGGCCGCCAUCUCGCGUGAGGUCACCUCGCGGGGAAGGCACUGAACACCGCCCCGGUGCCCUCCGCCGCCUCGUUUGCAUUAGCCCCGCCCCGCCUGCCAGGUGGCGCGGCAGGGGCGGGCUCGCUGCGACCCUUCUAGUCGGAGUGGGCUGGCUGCUCUAUGAUCUACCCGGCUCGCGGGGCGCCCGUCGCCAUAGGAACGUUGGCGGGCCCGGGGCAGCCGGUCGGCCGGGCCAGGCCGGACCCUCACCACCCACGCCAAGGCGGGCAGCGAAGGUGCCCGGCAGUGGACAGACUGCUGUGGGGCCUGACAGCCCGCUCACCGGCAUCGCGGGGCCGGAGGAGAGCGGCGCUGGGAAGCCCGAGGUGCCCGCCGGGGGAGGUAGCUGGGCGCUGGGCUUGUGGCGCCUUUUCACCUUAAACACCUCGAACUGCUCUGAGGGAGCCUCAAAAGAGCGUUGUGCCAAGCUGCAAAAUGACUAAGGAAGCAAAACGAUGAAUGUGGUAACACAGGGGGCAGGUUAGUCUUCCCCCUAAUCCAUCAAAUGCCAUGCUUGUCUCCCAGGCCAUAGUCAUCAGCUACUUACACUUUUCUCCCAGGAUUUGUUUACGUUGCAUCCCAUAUAGUUCAAAAAUAGAGACUGUUGUUGUCCUUUAAGCGCUCUCUUUGGACCUUUCAAAGAAAUAACUCCUGUUUUCAGCAUAUUUAUCGCCUUCCACCUCUUACCACGACAGUUGUUCUCAUCCAAGUAUUCACUAACUUCAUCAGGGAAAACUGAGGCAAAAGCCAGUUCUUAUGUUCAGAAAAGGAUCAUUCCACCCUACUGAUACCGGAGGAAUUUUACCAGUGUGCUUAACUGUAAAUGUUGCAGCUAUGUAUCCAUGACAUGGCCUAGCUGUACAACACCGUAUUACAUAGUUCAGCUACUAGUAGAAUACUGCACUGUAUAGUUUAGCUACUAAGUAGAACAGAACCUGUCUGAAACCAAGACAUGAGCCCAGAGUGCUGAACCAGAGCCAGAAGAAGGUCAUGAAAAGGAGAAGAGGAUAAAGAAGAUGAAGAUGUCCCAAAUAACCACCAGAGGACCUCCGACCCGUUAGGCCACACAUGCAUACUUUUGAGACUCAUCAACCACUCUGGAGAAACGUCCUUUAUGUGAAACCCCAGCUCCUGUACCAUGUACCAGUCUGGCUUUGUGCCACGGGAGUAUUACCCAGCCAUGAUCCCACCUUCUGCCUGCACCUACCCACUGCUGCAGACUGGAAGAGCUGACGAUGUGACCAGCUCCGUGAUAUUCCCUCCCAUCCACAUGCACAACUUCUACAGCCGACCCAUCACCUUUGUGGUGGACCAGAACAGCUACCCUGACUAUGUGGGAGGUCAGGUGGAGUAUCAUCAUCUCUACAGUGCCUCUAAUCCCUACUUCCGUCCGUACUACACCUGGCACUCACCUCCCAUGGUCCCCAUUCCUUUCUACAAUCCCUAUGCCAACUAUAAUCCCUAUGUUGCCUACCAGAGGUCAGAUCAAUAUCGAGACAUAUGGCCAGAAGGCUUCAUGAUGAGAGGGGAGCUACAGUGGGGGAAGCUCAGAAAGGUGUUUGGACCAAGGAAAGACCUCCCAAAAUUUGUAAAGGAUGAUCUCCGGAGGGUUUAUGGCACCUACCCACGGACCAGCGUCUCCAUAACCUACCGGAAAGGGGAGUUCUUGGUUAAGGGAGACCCCAAGGUAGGAGAGCAGGAAUAUGUAGUGGAAAAAGUCAUCCAGCCAGCUCUGACCCCCAGUGCCAGCGAGGCAGAUGAUAAUAGCAGUGAGGACCAGAACUGUAAGAAGAAGAAGAAGAAACUGAGAUAUUGAUAUAGUUAGUUACCCACUGGACAGAUGGUCCAGAGCCCUUGUGGGAGCCUGUUGGCAGCUGCUCUUGGUGCAGCUGGAAAGCAGCAUAAGCAAGCGAUGCCACCAUUCCUGUUAGCUUCUAACUGAUCACCAUCCUCCACAAGUUUACAGCAGCUUUACCCUAUUUGAUGCACAAUGCACAUCCUGUGAAGAAACCACAUGGCACUUGUCUGUCUGUCGGAUCAGCUCUUUGGUUCUGGUUUUGAAAUGAACAUUUGAUUUCCACUGGUUUGGUUGAGUGGUCAUGGUCUGGUGCGGGGAUUUCCAGGCAGCCACCCUUGAUUAGAGAAGAUGGGCCUCUACCUACCCAGUCCAAGGGAAGGUCCUGGAAGCUGGCUCCCUUCCUGGCACUCAGUUAAGGAGACUAAAAUGGGAUUUCCUCCAGGCUGGGGGCAGUACAGGUCCCAGAGGAGAGAGGGGUUCUUGAGCACUGUGAAGAGCAAUUGGCUGCAUAUCUUGUCACUGUUGUUUAUGACCAUAUCGUUGUGCUUGAUCACUGUGUGAUGCCUGUACACAGGACUUCCCUGUGUGCUGUCAGAAGAUCCUGGUGUCCCCAUCCUCCUAUGCUGGGUAACCUGGUGUUCAGUCCUUCUGGCCACAUGUCCUUGUUGAAAUUGCUGCUUGAAGCCCUGUUCUGGGUCUGACUCAGCUCUGGUUGGAGGUGCUGGCUCUCUGGCAAAGUUACUGGAAGUGUGUGAAGCACAGUACUGCCACAGCUUGGCCUUUUGGAAGGGUGGACUUCAGAGUUGUGCUGGAAACCUGGAGGGUUGUGAGGGGCUGGGUCUGACCUGCUUGCAAACUUCUUUCUUUUAAAUUAUUAUAAAUAAACAA